AUGGAGGACACUCCCUCUGCCAGCGGUCAGACGGAACCCGCACCCGUAGCCGCUGGUGACACUCAGCUGCAGCCUGCUGUCAUCGCGCCGCCAUGUGUGCCUCCCACCACCACGCCCAUGCAGCUGGCACGGCCGCCCGGACCGCACCCACCACAGGCGCACUGGUCACCCCCACCACGGCCGCCAGCGGACUACAUCACGUGCACUGGCCACCGUGUCCGAUUCAAACGGCCGUGCUGCGUCACCAGCACGCCACGACACCCAAACCAGCAAUCAUGCGCCUGA